AUGUUGGUUCAAGCAAUGCGUAACUUUCUCUCUUCUUUUCGAUUGCCUGGAGAAGCACAAAAAAUUGAUAGAAUAAUGGAACGUUUUGCUAUUCGUUUUUGUGAACAAAAUCCUUCGAUUUUUGAUCAUUCUGAUACUUGUUAUACUCUCUGUUUCGCAACAAUUAUGUUAAACACUUCACUUUACAAUCCAAGUGUCAAAGAAAGAAUGAGUUUUGAUGAUUUUCUAAAUAUAACAAAUUCUUUAAAUGUUUCUCGAGAUUUAAUUAUUCAAAUUUACAAUUCAAUACGUGAAGAACCUUUUAAAUUCCCAAAAGAUCAUCAAAUUGAUAACCAUUUAAAUUACAACUCUUCUCGUUUAUUUAGAAUGGCUGAAAAACAGGGAUGGCUACACAAACAAGGUAGUAAUCAUUGGACUUGGAAUCAAAGAUGGUUUGUCCUCUCAAAUAAAUGUUUAUAUUACUUUGAAUUUCCAAAUAGUCGAGAACCUAAAGGAAUAAUUCCAUUGGAAGGUAUUUGUGUGAGAAUGGUUGGAUACAAGGACGUUGAUUCAUUUUCUUCAAGUAAAAAGCCGCACACUUUUGAAUUAUAUUCUCCAAAUUCUGAGAUUGUUAAGGCACACAAAACUAAUUCUGAAGGUCGUUUAAUCGAAGGAGGAGGGCAACACACCGCUUAUAGAAUGGCAGCACCAGGACAUGAAGAAAUGCAUUCUUGGAUUAGUGCUCUCCAAAGAAGUAUAAAUAAAGAUAAUGCUAUAGAAGAAGUACUUGAACGAAGAAGGGCAAAAUCGGUUAAUAAUGGAAGUUUUGGAGGUAGUAAAUAA